AUGGCGUCGAGGAAGAAGGUGUUGUUGAAGGUCAUUAUUCUAGGCGAUAGUGGUGUGGGCAAGACUAGUCUGAUGAACCAAUAUGUGAACAAGAAAUUCUCCACCUCCUACAAAGCCACGAUCGGCGCCGACUUCCUGACCAAAGAAGUCACCGUCGAUGAUCGGAUCGUGACGCUCCAGAUCUGGGAUACCGCUGGUCAGGAAAGGUUUCAGUCGCUCGGCGUGGCGUUCUACCGGGGAGCAGAUUGCUGUGUCCUCGUCUACGACGUCAACUCUGCAAAGUCAUUCGAGACCCUCGAUUCCUGGCGCGACGAAUUCCUCAUCCAAGCUUCUCCCCGCGACCCCGAGUCAUUCCCUUUUGUGGUAUUGGGGAAUAAGAUCGACCUGGGUGAGGAGCGGAGGAUGGUGUCGCAAAAGAGAGCACAUGCCUACUGCCAGAGUCGUGGACAAAUGCCAUAUUUUGAGACCAGUGCAAAGGAGAGCAUCAACGUGGAACAGGCGUUUGAAGUUAUUGCCAGAAACGCGCUGACACAAGAGGAGAGCGAGGAAUAUGGUGGUGACUUUUCGGAUCCGAUCAAUAUCAACCUUGAUCAAGAGAGAGAUGGAUGCGCUUGUUAG